AUGAUCACUCAAGUAGUCAACACAGUUCUAGCACAAAGAACCGCGGAAGCUGACGCUGUACAUGUAGUUGCUAAUGGUGAUCAAGCUAAUGCUAAAGAUGGACAAGGUAGUGGUGAGUAUUAUGAGAAUGUUGAGGAGGGAUACGGGUUGGAAAGCUGCGAAUCAGAGGUAAAAAAAACAACUGAGGGAAUGUCUUGGUAUAAUUUCAAGGAAAUGAUGCGAAGGAAGUUUUGCUCAGAGAUUGAGUUACAAAGAUUGGAACGAGAUUUUCUUGAUCUCAAAAUGGUAGGUGCUGACCAUGCUGGUUACACUACCCGUUUCACUGAAUUGUCAAGAUUGGUUCCACAUUUGGUUUCACCAGAGUCAAAAAGAGUGGAGAAGUACCUUCGCAGAUUGGUUCCUCAAGUUAAAGCAACCAUGGUUGCGGUUCGCCCACUUACUCUCGAAGAAGCUAUGUUGAGGUCUGAAGCCAUGACUGAUGAGUUGGUGCAGUGUGGCGCCCAUACGGUAGCUAGUAACAAGAGAAAGGAUACUGGAGAGUCAAGUAGCGGUAAGAAGGUGUGGAGGCAGGAUGGGAAGAAACAUAAUAGAGGUAGAGUGUUUGUGGUUGCUGAUGCUGGUAGGAGAGACUAUCUUGCUGGGCCAAAUCAGAACAAAGGCAACCAGGCUCAAGCUGCUAGAGGUCGUGCAUUUGUGGUUAAUGCUGCUGAAGCUCGCAAUGAUCCUAAUGUCGUUGCAGGUACUUUUCUUUUGAAUGGUCAUUAUGCAACUGUUCUAUUUGAUUCGGGAGCCGAUUACAGUUUUGUUUCUACUAGCUUUGUUCCUUUAUUGAGUGCUAAGCCGAGUCCCAUGUACAUGUACUUUGAUGUCAAGAUGGUUAACGAUGUGUUAGUUAGAUUAGAUCAGAUCAUUCGUUCGUGCACAUUAGUUCUAAAAUAUCGUCCAUUCCUUAUUGAUUUGGUACCUUUUGAAAUGGGGAGUAUUGAUGUCAUUGUUGGGAUGGAUUGGAUGUCUUUAGUCAAUGCUUCGAUUUUGUGUAGUGCUAAAAUAGUUAGGAUCCCGUUGCCUAGCGGGAAAGUCCUAGAAGUUCAUGGCGAAAAGUCUGAGUCAUAUGAGAAACAUGUCAUGAGUGUUGUGAGUAAAGAGAUUACUUUGGGGAGUGUUCCCGUUGUUUGUGACUUUCCCGAUGUCUUUCCUGAUGUUCUUCCUGGUUUACCCCCGUCAAGACAAUUAGAUUUUUGCAUUGAUCUUGUUCCUGAUGCGGCUCCGGUAGCGAAAUCUCCUUAUAGAUUGGCACCAUCAGAAAUGCACGAAUUGGCAGCCCAGUUGAAAAAGCUUCAAGAUAAAGGUUUUAUUCGACCUAGCCAUUCAUCGUGGAGAGCACCCAUUCUGUUUGAUAAGAAGAAAGAUGGUUCAUUUCGGAUGUGCAUUGAUUAUCGUGAGCUGAACAAGCUAACAGUGAAGAAUCGUUACCCUCUCCCCAGGAUUGAUGAUUUAUUCGACCAGCUUCAUGGUGCAAUGUACUUUUCAAAGAUAGAUUUGAGGUUAGGGUACCAUCAGUUGAGUUUAAAGUGA